ACCGUUUCCGUUUGUGUUUGGCGCUGUGUGGCAAAAAAGCAAACAAAUAUGUUUCAGCUUAAUCGUGGCGUGAGGUUGGCAUGCUAAAUUGUCCGGCGCUAGGGAUUCGAGAACUGUUGUCUUCGAGUCAUCUCCAAGCCUCGUCAUUGUCCAAACGUCUAGACCACAACCUGUGUGGCUGUGUGCCGUGUCUAUUACCGUUCCAACCAUUAUUCUCGCGGCCUAGGGGACAGGGAUUGAUUGCUUUGGCGGCACGCGAUUAGUGAUAAAAAGGUGCUUAAAAGGUGCUCGCGGUGAUAGCCUAGAACUGGAACUCGUAGCAAGCCAGCAUGGGAAACCAUCACAGUUCCAUCUCGAACGGCACAAGUAACCCAAAAACGAAAGCCAUAGGAAACGGAGGAGAUCAAGCGCCUGGAAAUGGCCUGGCCACCGCUGCUACCCGUGGCAUGACGCGUACGGCCAGCGGGGCCGAUAUUCAGGAUCGUUCGCAAACGCAGUUCGCACCAAUCGAAAAGCUUGGCCGGAUAUUAGCGAAAAAAAGCGAGGAGCAACAUCGCACACACCAAGGCAUUACCGGUGAUAUAUUCGCGCGCCACGUAUUUCCAAAGUAUCCGGAUUUAGGUCUAAAGCUGUUUCGCUACCUGCGCCAUAUGAGCCACGCCAAAACGGAACACCUCGGGCUGGUGGCGUUCAGGCAACAGUGUGAAAAGUUUCUCGGCCUUCUCGACGAUUCUGUCAUCCUGGAAAGCUACGUGCGUAUGUUUGGCGAUCUAAACGAGAGCGAACUGAUUAAGCCGGAAAAUCUGAAGAGUUUACUACGCACUUGCUACAACCUGGCGAUGGCACACUAUUCAGAUGGGCCGCAAACAUGUCGUUUGCUUAACCGUACACUUGAUUCCGUGGUGCAGUCCUGUUUCUUUUCGAAAGAAUCACUCAGCCCUGGCUACAUAUGCCGCUGGUUGGAGAACAACGUACCACGGUUGGUACCUCCGAUUCACAAGUACUGUGUCCAUGUUCUCAGCACGUCCCACCGGACGAUCAUCGACAACAGUAUGACGAGUAACAGUGAAACAGUCGUCUCGAUCAGUGCCAUCAAUGCGGGCGAAGCGAGCUACGGGCUCGAGCUGCAAACACCCAUCCUUGAGAAGGUGAAUCCUUUCGCCAAGGAACAUGCUACGGGAUCGGUAACCGGCGGCAGUGGACCGGCGCCAGGAAAACCGCUCACCAACGACGAGCGAGAACGGUUGAAAAACCAGCAACCACUGUUACCACUGUCCGAGGCGUGGCUGCUUGCCGGUUCGUUGUCCCCGCUCUACAGCAAGCCCCAGUCCGUCCCGGCACCGGUUAACCCAAAUUCGGCAAAUCUGACGUCACACAUAUUCCUCGCGAAACUACUGUCGUUGGUGCCGUCUCACUGGACUUCGUUGUACGACUCGCGCCUCGACGGUGCUGGGACAAAUCGCUUCCUGCACCACGUGCUCGGUUAUCGUGGUCCGAAUCUAAUCCUGUUCCGCUGCGAGGACGAUCUACUGUUCUGCGUCGCUAACCCGAACGAAUGGCGUGAAACGCAUCUCUACACCGGAGAUGAAGGUAGCUGUUGCCUGCAGUUGCUUCCAAAAUUUCAGAUGUUGGAAAAGAAGCCGAAGAGCCUCUACCUUAAUACGCAUAUCCGCGGCUAUCCAAAGGGGUUCCGGGCUGGUUCCGAUCCGCGGAAGCCGAUUCUUAUUGUCGACGAACACUUCGAGCGGUUGGAGUAUCGCUCACUGCUACACCGCAUACUGUCGAUCGAGGUUUGGGGCUGCGGUGAUCAGCAGCAGCGCGACGUACAGCUCGAUAUCAAACGGUGGCAAAUCCGGGAAGCGGAAAGGCAGCGAACGGUCAAAAUGACGGCCGCUGACUGGAUGGACCAUCCAGAUCGCUAUCUACUCGAGCUGGGUGGCCGUCAGAACUACAACAAUUCGUCCACGUAGUAGAGUAGUGGACA